CGGGGAUCAGUGGUUGGGACGAGAGACAAGCUAGGGGCGGAGCUAUCAGCUGCUGGGUCUCGCGAGAGUGUCCGCGAACCCGGAACGGCCUCGUGGGGCGAACAUUGAUGUCGGCGCGGACAGCCCGUGAGCUAGUGACAACUCUAGGGGAGCGGCCAGGGAGCCGGCGCCGAGACACCCUCUUAGCUGCUCUUGGGGGACCGCUGUGCAGAGCCCCGCAGGGUGCCCGGCGCUGGACACGAGCCCUAGGGUCUUGCAUGGCAGCAGCCAGACAUAACCCUGCAUGAGUUCUGCCCAUGCCCUCGCCCCGCCGCGGAUACAGGCCGCCCUGUGAUACUGGCAGCCGCGAUGGAGAAGCGAGGUUACAAUGACCAAUGAUAACUGAGAUCCAAGACACCAUUUAAGAGCGUGAACAGACCACCUAUUAUAUUAAAUACAAAUGUGAGAAGUUUGGGACGUGCUGACAAUGGUUCCUACAGAGCCUUGCCUCAUUCAGGCCCUGAUUCAAAGUCCAUUGAAGACAUGUUGAACUUUGCUUUAGGAACUACCUGUCGCCAUGAAUAUGCUGAUCUUCAUAGUUGUUGGUCUCCUUGUGCAUUGUGUGUUCUUGGCCUCCAUUUUUGACAUCUACUUCACCUCUCCUUUGGUUCAUGGCAUGACUCCUCAGCGUACUCCAUUGCCACCACCUGCAAAGCGACUAGUGCUUUUUGUUGCUGAUGGCUUGCGGGCAGAUACACUGUAUGAAUUAGAUGAUAAUGGUACUGCUCAAGCACCUUACCUUAGGAAUAUCAUAGAAUACAAAGGCAGCUGGGGAGUAUCUCAUACUCAUGUUCCAACAGAAUCUAGACCAGGACAUGUGGCACUGAUAGCUGGAUUUUAUGAAGAUGUCAGUGCAGUUGCUAAAGGAUGGAAGGAGAACCCAGUGGAAUUUGAUUCAGUUUUCAAUGAAAGUAAAUAUACUUGGAGCUGGGGAAGUCCAGAUAUUUUACCUAUGUUUGCGAAAGGUGCUAGUGGGGAUCACGUUUAUACAUACUGUUACACUGCAGAAAAGGAAGACUUUGGAGCACAAGAUGCAACUAAACUAGACACUUGGGUUUUUGACCAUGUUAAGAACUUCUUCCAAGCUGCCAGAAGUAAUCAAACAUUGUUCUCUAAAGUAAAUGAAGAAAAAGUAGUUCUGUUCCUGCAUUUGCUAGGGAUAGACACAAAUGGACAUGCUCAUCGGCCAAACUCCAGGGAAUACAAGGACAAUAUCAGAAAAGUUGAUGAAGGCAUAAACGACAUUGUUUCAAUGCUUGAGGAUUUUUAUGGAAAUGAUGGAAAAACUGCCUUUAUCUUAACUUCUGACCAUGGAAUGACAGAUUGGGGCUCUCAUGGGGCUGGUCAUCCUUCAGAGACUUUAACACCAUUAAUUGCUUGGGGAGCUGGAGUGAAUUAUCCACAGAAAGUCACAUCCCAGUUCUUCGAAGAUGAUUUUUUAAAAGAAUGGAAACUGGAGAAAUGGAAGAGGCUGGAUGUCAACCAGGCUGAUAUAGCACCGCUGAUGGCUUCGCUUAUUGGUGUUUCUUUUCCCCUUAAUUCUGUGGGAAUUCUGCCUUUGGACUAUCUGAAUAAUAGUGCUCAUUUCAAAGCUGAGAGCAUUUUUACAAAUGCUGUUCAGAUUCUUGAGCAAUUUAAGAUUAAGAUGACUCAGAAGAAGGAAACUACUUUAUCAUUCCUAUUUACACCUUUUCAGUUGCUUUCAGAUACUGAACAGAUAAACAUUUUAAGAAAAGCAAGAUCUUAUAUUCAUCAGGAAAAAUAUCACGAGGCGGUAUCUCUUUGCAAAACCCUGAUUAGCCUUGCUUUGGAAGGAUUGUCAUAUUACCAUACUUAUGACAGAUUGUUCUUGGGCAUAAGCGUUGUCAUGGGUUUUGUGGGCUGGAUAUCUUAUGUGAUUUUGCUGAUUGUCAAGACACAUACUGGUCUGAGUAGGAGUACCCACGAUAAGGCAUCUACUGUUCUCCUCUUGUAUGGUUUUGCAGCUAUUGGAAUAUUAAUAGCUUUUUUCCUGCUGAUUCAAACCUGUCCGUGGACAUAUUACAUAUAUUGUCUGUUACCGGUGCCAGUAUGGUAUGCAGUUGUGAAAGAAUUCAGAGUUAUUCAAGACCUUGCAUCAGUGGUCUUGGUGUUUCCUCUGGGUCAGUCUAUUGGAUUCUUAGUAGCUGGUGCUCUGGGAAUUGAAAUAUUAGUUUUCAGCUUUUUUUAUCGCUCUACACUUACUUUUGGUCUCAUUGCCUUUGCUGGCUGGCCAUUGAUCACACGACUGUGGACUCAGGCAAAGGUAACAACAUUGAACUGGACGCUAUUAUGUUUACUCUUGGCAAUGUUUCCCUUGAUGCCUGUUGUAGGAAGAGAGCCUAAUAUUUCUCUGGUAACAGUAGCAGGUUUGGUGAUUCUCCUGAUCUCUUCCUUCUCCCUGGCAUGUCUUUGUAAAAGCAAAAAUAAAUAUGUGCCUAAGAAAGAUCUGACAAUACUCCUUUUUCAGAUGCUGAGCAUAGCACUUUCAACAUAUGUUGUGAACAGUACCCACAGCAGUCUUCAUCAUAAGCAGGGACUGCCUGUAAUUAAUCAAAUCAUUAGUUGGACAACACUAGCCUCAUCCUUGUUUGUGCCACUACUGAGUCCCACAUUUUUCUUCCAGAGACUGCUUAGCAUACUUCUCUCUUUGAUGUCACCCUACCUGCUCCUCAGCACAGGAUAUGAAGCUCUCUUUCCCCUGGUAUUGUCUGGGUUGAUGUUUUCGUGGAUAUAUAUGGAAAAAGAAGUACUACAGCACUAUGGCGAUUCACUUAAACCAAAGCUUGCUGUUCUCAACUUCUCCUAUACUACUGAUAUAACUCAGUUUCGGCAACUCCACCUGGAUGACAUCCGCAGGUCUUUUUUCUUUGUUUUCUUCAUCGUGACGGCUUUUUUUGGUACUGGAAAUAUAGCUUCUGUUAACAGCUUUGACCCUGCCUCUAUCUAUUGCUUCCUGACUGUGUUCAAUCCCUUUGUGAUGGGAAGCUUGCUGGUGUGGAAGAUUGUAAUCCCUUUUGUUCUUGUGUCAUGUGCUUUUGAAGCUGUUCAAGUCACAACCCAGUUAUCUUCUAAAAGCCUUUUCCUCAUCGUUCUUGUGAUUUCAGACAUUAUGGCUUUGCACUUCUUCUUUUUGGUUAAAGAUUAUGGAAGCUGGCUGGAUAUUGGAACAAGCAUUAGCCACUAUGUCCUUGUGAUGGUUUUCACCAUCUUCAUCAUGCUGCUGAGUGGACUGGCCCAGCUGCUCACUACAAAGAGAAUUGAACUUUGGGGAAGAACUAAACGACAUUCCAUGUGACAGAGCUACGAGUGUUGUUUUUGUUGUUUGAAUUUUCACCCGUACUGUGAGCCAGUGUCCACCUGUGGAAUGUAAAUAGUUAAUGGACUGGAGUGCCAAAAUCCUGUUGGGAAAUUUUCUACUUUCCUGUGACUGAGAUUAUGCUUGGAAAUUGACAUUUUGAGAUCAGCUGGGGUAAAAUAGUCUUAAUUUUAUUCCUUAAAUAUAUUUUUUGCAAAUAAAAACAGUGAUUAAGUCCUGGUUUAAAACAUCAGGAACCAUCUU